UACUUCCUGCUAGUCUGUAGUGCUAGUAGUGUAAAAAUGGACUGGGUUCAACUUGAGCCAUUACUAUUGCCUGAUUUAAAGGAGACUGGUAAAGAGUUAGGUCGUGGAGCUUAUGGUGUUGUUACUGAAGUAAUAGUUAGUGGAACAAUCUGUGCUGCUAAAAAGCUUCAUGAUGUUAUUGUACAGGAGUACACUUUGACAAGAUUUGGUGAUGAGGUGCUUCUUCACAGUCAGCAAAGGCAUCCUAACAUUGUCCAGUUAAUUGGUGUCUAUUAUCCUCCUCAUUCACAAUUACCAAUGUUAGUAAUGGAGUAUCUUCCUUUAUCACUCACACAAUGUCUGGAGAGAGAAGAGCUACCACUUCAAAUGAAGUAUUCUAUUCUUCUUGAUGUUGCUAAGGGUUUGUGUUAUCUUCAUGGUAAACGUCCUCCUAUUGUACAUCGUGACCUCACUGCUAAUAACGUGUUACUGACCUCUUCAUACUCAGCUAAGAUAUCAGAUCUAGGAGUAUCAAGAUUAGCCGAUACGUUUAAAAAGCAUCACCUCACUACAGCACCUGGUAAUGCUAUGGUAAUGCCACCAGAAGCUCUUGAAGAUAAUCCGGUAUAUGAUCACAAGUUAGAUGUAUUCUCUUAUGGUUGUCUCAUUCUUCAUGUACUUACUGGUCAAUUCCCUGAGCCUACAAACCAGUUUGUUCCUAAACCUGGUAAGAAAAAAUCCUUCAAAAAAGUACCAGAAUGGGAUAGAAGAUCAAACUACAUUAAAGAUAUACCAAAAGAGAAAGAGCUUUUUCCUUUAGCUAAGCAAUGUCUCAAUGAUGUUCCUAGUGAUAGACCAGAAAUGAUCAACUCUUGUGAAUUUGUGGAGCAGGUUCUAUCAAAAUAUCCAAAAAUGAAAAGUACUAUAGAAUUAAUGAAAGAGAAUGAAGCAGCAGAAAAACAUAUUCGUGAAUUAGAUGCAGAAGUUAAAGUAUUAAAGUUUGAGAAAGUAGAAAUUGAGCAACUGAGAAUAGAUCAUGAACGACUGACAGCAGAAGUAAAACACUUACAAAGUAUUUUUUUAUUGAAAGAAAAUGAAUUAAAUCAUGUACUACAGAAAACCGUUAGGAGUAAAAAUGAACUUAAGCAACAAGAAGACAAUAUAGAUUUACUGAAUAAAGGAGAAGUAGAUUUAAAAGAAGAGGAUUUGAUAGAGGUGACUGCAAUGAAGGAGGUGACUGCAAUAAGAAAACACGAGCAGCAGCUAUCUGAAUGUCACAAAGAAAGUGAGGUCAGAGUAGAAUUAGCUAAGGAGCAGCAGUCCAAAGCAUUGACUGUAGGCAGAAAAGAAGAGUUUGUUAGUAGUAAUAAUGUUAAGAAGGUUGGCUUAGAAAGUGAAAAUUGGUUUUUUCCUACAUUAUCACGUGUCGAAGCUGAGACUAUACUCAAGCAAGAGAAUAAAGAUGGAACUUUUGUUGUUAGAAAUUCCAGUCGAGAAAACUACAAUACCGUAUCAUUAUGUUUUAAAGGUCAAGUUAGGCAUUAUCACAUUAAAAAUGAUGAAGAGAAAAAAUAUUUUAUAUCUGAGAGACAUCGCUUUCCAACAAUUAUAGAACUUAUUGACUAUCACAAACUGAAUGGAGGAGGUUUAGCUACCAGAUUAAAACGACCCCCUGCUUUGUUGGUCCCUGAUCAACCAGUUCUUUCAUCUGCAUUUGAUGAUAAGUGGCAAAUCGAUAAAUCUGAGCUGUCAUUAGGUGACGAAUUAAGUAGUGGAGAGUUUAAAAGAGUAGUAAUUGGUCAAUGGUGUAAUAAAGUUGAUGUUGCUAUUAAAAUGAUAAAGGAAGAUGCAAUGAAUGAAGAUGAUUUCAUUGAAGAAGCAAUAUUGAUGAUGAAAUUCCAACAUGAUAAUUUAGUAAAGUUAUAUGGAGUGUGUAUCAGACAAGGACCUGUUUAUAUCAUCACUGAAUUAAUGGUUAAUGGUUCUCUACUCCAGUAUCUUCGUAAAAAUAAACACUUAGUAGAUAAGACAGACAUAAUACUUGACAUGGCUCUACAGAUUUGUGCUGCUAUGAAGUUUUUUGAACAGUCUGGUUUUAUACACAGAAAUUUGGCUGCUAUAAAUUGUCUGGUUGGUGAUAGGAAUAUUGUUAAAGUCGGUGGUUUUAGCUCAGCAAGAUUUGUUCCUGACGACGAAUACACAGCAUCUGAAGGUGCAGAGUUUCCUGCAAGGUGGUCAGCACCUGAAGUCAUAACUCAUGCUAGAUAUAGCAGCAAAUCUGACAUUUGGUCAUAUGGUAUUUUGUUGUGGGAGUUGUGGACUGGUGGUAAAAUUCCUUACCCAGCCUUUACUACUCCUGAAAUAUUAGAUGGAGUUUUAAAGGGAUAUCGAUUAGAAAAGCCUAAAUUAUGUCCUUCUAAUAUUUAUGAUUUAAUGACAAGGAGUUGGGAAAAGAAUCCUUUCAAACGGCCAUCAUUUGCUGUCCUCCUUGAUUAUCUCAAAGCCAUGGUAGGAGAUGAUUAUAGUGAUGCGAUUGACUAAUCAUGCACCAUUAUACACGCAUGAACUAUUAAUUUUAGUGUCUUGCAUUUAUGUUGCCUCCUUGUGUAUGAUCUAUUGCUGUAUGUCAUGUGUUUUUUACUUUUAACGAAUAAAGACAGUGUAAAUUCUACUUUUAUUAUUGUUGAACUUAAGCUACUUAACAGUAUAUAAUUGUACAGAAAUCAGUUGUUAAGUAAGAAAUAACACUGAAAGUAGGUCAUGCAGAAAUCAAAAGAUAAUUAUCAUUAUUAUUUUUAAAAAUACCCAUAAUAGUUUUGCAGAUUAUUAACUGCUUGACCAAAUUAUAUUCAUUAUGAUUCUAUGUAUGGGAUGGUCAAAAAUCCACAGUUAUUCUAUAGUAGACAACACUAUCUACUUCCUGCUAGUCUGUAGUGCUAGUAGUGUAAAAAUGGACAGGGCUAAAAUUGAGCCAUUACUAUUGCCUGAUUUAAAGGAGACUGGUAAAGAGUUAGGUCGUGGAGCUUAUGGUGUUGUUACUGAAGGGGGUU